CAACACUAAAAUAUUUUCAUAAACGGAAAUUCUUCAGAAAAAUUAGGAACUUUGGGAGUUUGGGUGCUUAUUUAUUCUGGAUUAAAAAAAUAGGAAGAUUCCCAAUAACCACGUCCCUCCAAAACCCAAUUCCCACAAUUUCACAACAAUACAAACGAUUCCCAUAUUUUAACCCAAAGGCACCCAAUCACCCAUAUUACUAAACAAACACACAAUAUUAAGAGUUUGUGAAACAACAAAUGAACAAACCAGCAAAUUAGCCAAACAUCAAAGAUCAAAUUGCAUUACUGUUCGUCAAAAAUGUCACGAUUUUCCUCCCAAUUUCUCUUACCAUUUCUGCUAAUUUCCUUCUUUUUUCUCACUAUAAUCUCUGCUACUGACGGUGAUGUUGAUGAUGAUCAAACAAUCAAAACUAUGCACCAGUUUUCUGGGUACCCUUCUUCUGAACCUCACCACCAUCCUCUCUCCUCACUCUCCGUUGAUACUCAAUCUUUGCAAUUUCAGGUUGACGAGUUGGCGACUUUCUCUGAUUCCCCUUCCCCAUCGGUUACUAGGGUUCUCUAUACCGAUAAGGAUGUUGCUGCCCGGAGGUACAUCAAGAACUUGAUGGGACUUGCUGGUCUUUCAGUCAGGGAGGAUACCAUCGGUAACAUUUUUGGUCGAUGGAAUGGGUAUGAACCAGAACUUGCUGCUGUUGGAACUGGUUCUCACAUAGAUGCUAUUCCGUAUUCUGGAAAGUAUGAUGGAGUUGUUGGUGUCCUAGGUGCAAUAGAAGCCAUUAAUGUGCUGAAGAAGGCUGGAUUUAAGCCAAAACGGUCAUUGGAGGUAAUAAUGUUCACAUCAGAAGAGCCUACCAGGUUUGGGAUCAGCUGCUUAGGAAGCCGUUUGAUAGCAGGAAGUGAAACCCUUGAAAAAGCUCUGAAGAAUACAUUUGAUAGUCAAAAUGUAUCUUUUCUAGAUGCUGCAAAAUCUGCUGGGUAUGCUAGAGAUAAAGAUGACCUGUCUAGUGUGCGUAUGAAUUAUGGAACUUACUCUGGGUUUGUGGAGUUGCACAUAGAACAAGGGCCUAUUUUGGAAGCUGAAGGAAUUCCAAUUGGUGUUGUUACUGCCAUUGCUGCUCCUGCUAGCAUCAAAGUGGACUUUGAAGGAGAUGGAGGUCAUGCAGGUGCUGCCCUGAUGCCAAACAGAAAUGAUGCAGGAUUAGCCGCUGCAGAGUUAGCAUUGGCUGUUGAAAAGCAUGUUUUAGAAUCUGGGACUAUUGACACUGUUGGUACUGUUGGUAUUCUCGACCUACAUCCUAGGGCUGUCAACAGCAUCCCUAGCAAAGCACAUGUGGAGAUAGACACACGUGACAUUAAUGAAACGAGAAGAAACAUUGUGGUUGAGAAAAUCCAUCAGUCUGCUAUUGAUAUAGCCAAUAAACGCAGGGUCAAGCUAUCAGGUUUUGAAAUUGUGAAUCAAGAUCCUCCAGCUCUUGCUGAUAAAAAAAUAAUUGAAGCAAUGGAAGCUUCAUCACGUGAGCUGAAUUUGGACUACAAACUGAUGGUUAGCAGAGCCUACCAUGAUUCCCUAUUUAUGGCUAGGGUAUCUCCAAUGGGAAUGAUUUUCAUUCCAUGCUAUAAAGGAUAUAGUCAUAAACCUGAAGAGUAUUCAGCUCCUGAAGAUUUGACUAACGGGGUCAAGGUGUUGGCACUAACCCUAGCAAAGCUGUCCCUUUCCUGAUCAAUAGGUCUGCGUUAGAAGUUAGAGCUGCAUCGAAUCUAUGUUUCUUCUUUUAUUGAUCCUUAUUGUUGAAGGAACUAUACUACCAAUAAUUUAGCAGUUAUGUCUUGUAUAUGAAUAAUAAUUGAAAUACUUGUCAGUGUUCCUUUGUGAUUUAUGAUCAAUAAAGUAAUAGUACGUCAAUCUCAA